AUGCUCUUUGACCAGAUUUGGCUCGGUUCCUAUAUGUCUGGCGGUGUUGGAUUCACUCAGUAUGCAACUGCAGCCUACACCGAUAACAUCCUUGAUGAUUUCGUGUAUCACGGUAUGGACUUCAUUAAAGACACAUAUAAGGUUGACUGGAAGAAACCGUCACCGAAAGACAAGUUUACCCUCUAUGGUAUGGAACAGUAUGAACAAUUCCCGACCAUGAUGGAAGAUCACUUCGGUGGUUCACAGCGUGCAGCUGUUCUUGCCGCAGCAUCAGGUAUUACAACUUCCAUUGCAACCGGUAACUCUAACGCUGGUCUGAAUGCAUGGUAUUUAUCCAUGUUACUCCAUAAGGAUGGAUGGUCCAGACUUGGAUUCUUCGGAUACGAUUUACAGGAUCAGUGCGGUUCUGCAAACUCACUUUCCAUGAGACCGGAUGAAGGUUGUAUUGGAGAAUUCCGUGGACCAAACUAUCCGAACUAUGCAAUGAAUGUCGGUCACCAGGGAGAAUAUGCCGCAAUUGCAGCAUCUGCUCACCUUGGUCGUGGCGAUGCAUGGACACUGUCCCCGCUUAUUAAGAUCUGUUUCGCAGAUCCGGCACUCAAAUUUGAUUUCGCACAUCCACGUGAAGAAUUCGCAAAGGGAGCAAUCCGCGAAUUUAUGCCGUCAGGUGAACGCGGACUUAUCAUUCCGGCAAAAUAA